AUGGGGCCCGCGGAAAUGAUGAAUGUCCUGAGUACCCUCACACAGCAAGUGACCCUCCUGUCCCAAACCGUAAGUGAAUUGCAGCGUGAUUUUGCUGAGUUAAAGGGGAACACACACCAUGCUCCUGAACCUGAUAUUGCAUUACCUGACCAGUUCACUGGUAAAAAGACUGAACUGCAAUCAUUUAUCACAGCCUGUGAACUGCUCUUCACUUUAAAACCACGCACAUACCCCAAUGAUUAUGUGAAGGUUUGCACUACUAUUACCCUGCUGUCGGGUAAACCCCCAACACCAACUCCUGCACUCAAACAGUCCAAUACUGGACUCGUGGGACUCCUUUGCUGCAGCAAUGCGUACAUUAUACAAUGACACCCUGAGAUCCUCUGCUGCACGCACUGCCCUCCAUUCCCUACGGCAAGGAAGAAGACAAGUGGAGGAUUAUACUACAGAUUUCCAGGAGCUAGCUGCUGACACCGGUUAUAAUGAGACUGGUCUAAUAAAGCAAUACAGAUUCGGUCUGUCUGAGGCAUUAAAAGAUGAACUAGCCAGAGUUGGGGUACCCACUUCAUUGGAAGAACCGUUUCUUCUGGUCACCCAGCUAGAUCGCCGGUUCAGAGAAAGAAAGCAGCAGCCAUUUGAAACCAGCUUUUUGCCCCAUCAAUGUUCCAAACCUGCUGGUGAGACCUAUACCCCUAUCCCCACCAUGGACAUAGAGGAACCCAUGCAAAUUGGAACACUGAAUACCAUGCUCACAGUAAAUGAAAAAGCCAGAAGGAGAGCCAAAGGCCUUUGCUUCUAUUAUGGCCACUACAUCAGCUAUUGCCUGAUACGCCCUCCUCACCCUAAUCAUAGCCAUGUGGGGGCUCUGUGUCACAAUCCAGCAAGUCGUCCAUGGCCCCUUUAUUGUUCAACUCUGCAUGCUCCUGGACCGAAAAGACCACCUAACCAGACCAAUGGCACCAUCAUGGUCCCAGCUGACCCUGCUCCUGUUCCAGAGCCUCAAAAGGAGGCUACCUUCCAAUCCUCAGCUUCUGUCUCCCCUAAAGUUUCCUGCUCCAACACAGAGGAUCUGUCCCCAGACUGUGUAAUUGCCUCCAAUGGAACCGUGGUCUGCAGGCAAGAUCUAAAGGUCUUUGAACAGGCUCUUAAGGCCAGAUCUGCAUCCAUUUCUCGCCUCCUUGCCUCCACUGCCUUCUCAAAGAAUAACAACCUGCAAAAUGUUCCUCUCAGAUUCUGA